AUGGGUGCUUCAUACCUCCGUGUGGUCGCGCAGAAAGAGUAUUCCGAGCAGCGCACGCUAGCGCCGCGGCUGACGGCGGCGUUGGAGGCGGUGAUUGGCCGCACGGAGCGCGAGGACCGCCACUUGCUCGCGCACGGCCGCUGGGACCCCGCCUCACCCACCUCCCCCGCAGCCUCCACGCUUCCAGCGCCGUCUCCGAAACAGCCUGUGGCACAGCAAGGCGAGCGGCGCCGUCUCCUCCUUCCGUGCGUGGAAGCGUCCCUCGCGCUCUUCCCUCAAGCGAAGCCUCUAUCACCUCAGUCCGCCAGCGCCGCUCACUCCGCCUUCUCCCGCCGCGCCCUUCGCCAGAUCGCACCCGGCCGAGGCGCCCCUCGCAUCCCGCCGGCUGCCACGAGGAUCCCCCACGGCAGCAGCAGCAACAUCAGCAAGCGACAGAGCGCGGUGAGGGCGCGGACGGGCGGAGCACGGGGGGGAAUGGCGAAGAGGGAGACGCGAGAACCGGACCUUCAUGGCAUCGGCAGCGGCAGCAGCAGCCCUGCCUUGCCUCUGCGCCCCCGCCUCCCUCACACACUGCCUAUGGCCAUGGCGCCUGUGCGCCCCGCUCUGCAUCCUGCCAGCACAGCAGUCCCCGCCUUGCCCGCCUUACCACCACAGCAUGCCGCACACGCCUUCCACUCGCUCCCUUCCAUGCCACCCCCGAUUUUCCAGGCGCAGCACAUGGCACCGCCAGUGCCCCAAGCGCAGCACGCGGCAGCUCCGGUGCCCCGAGCGCAGCACAAAGCACUGCCACAUGUGCUGAUGCCGCCACUGCGACAUCAAAGCCAGACGCACUGCGCCUCCAACCCAGCGGCAGUGCGCAGCACACUGGCACCGCGCCCUCAGCCCACGAGCAGAGGGAGCGCAUGCGUCGGAGCGGGUGCGGUGGUCGCGCCAGGAGCACUGCAGCAGUUCCCUCGCGCCCCCUCUCCCGCCCAGCCACUGAUCGCUGCCCCCUCACCACCGCUUCCCUCGCCGCUGCAAGGCGACCCCGCACCAGCAGAGCGGGCGCAGAGCGGAAUGAAGAGGCGGCUGCCGCAUGAUGCUGCAGCCGGGCGACUCCCCUCACCAUCCCUCCGCCCCCUAGCUCUCACUGCUCACAGUGCCUUGCCACCUGCUGCCCACGCAACUGCCGCUCCUGCCGCCCACGCACCUGCCGCCCACGCACCUGCCGCCCACGCACCUGCCGCCCACGCACCUGCCGCCCACGCACCUGCCGCCCACGCACCUUCCGCCCACGCACCCGGCCUGCCGUCAUCAGCCUCAGGGUCGUCUGCGUGUUCCCCUUGCGAGCCCUCUCCCCGGACAGGCGUGGAUGGCUCUGCUCUGCCUCCGCCUCGCGCCAUGCUCUCCCCGUCCGCCCACCUCAUGCAGGCUCACCUUGACAGGUUGCACCUGGAGCAGGCUGUAUCUGCCGCGCGCUUAUCUGUCAAAGGGACGCAGUAUGGGGGCCAAGCAGUGCCUGCAGCCCAGACUGGCGAGCAUGCAGGGCCGCCAGGCAGCCUCAUGGACCAUGUCAUGCGCCUGCUGCCCCGCUCCCACCCCCUUCAGACGUCUGCGCCAAUGGCAGCACACCACGUGGCAGCAGUGCACUCAGCAUCUGCACCUGCAGUGGGUGCAGGUUUGGCUUCGCCUGGGGGGUCCGUGGCAGGACACACUCUAGAGGCGAUUCAACUGGCCCUGCGACAACACUUGUCCGCCACCGGCCCUGCUGCCGGCCCCACAUCUCUCCCCACAGCCACGACGGUGCAUGCUAGAGAUCCCCCCAUAGCCGGCGCACCACUGGGAAGGACAGUUCCUGACACUGCAGCAACUGCACUCAACCUGGCCUCCUCAUCCAAUGUCUCCUCCUCCAUGCCUUUUCUGCGCCCUGCUUCUGGCCUCGCUAAUGACCAUCACAUCAGUCACGUGCUGUACGUGUUCUGCAUGGAGGAGCCCACGUGGCUGGCGGAGUGCUUCCGCGAGUACAAGGGCGAGGUGCUGCGCUUCGACCGCUCGUGGCGCCAGACCGUUCUCAAUAAGUUGUCGGAGGAGAAGGGAGUGGAGUGCCGAGAUCUCAAGGAGCCGCUUCACUUCAAAGACUUCCAGUCCAUGUUUCUGUACCGGCGGUGGUACCGCUGCCACGUGAAGCUGGAGGCGUUUGAGGGCGACACGGGCCACGUGGAGCGCCGCGCUGGCCUCUCCCCUGACGAGUUCCGCCACUCCUACGACGGCCGCCGCCCCGUGAUCAUGACUGACCUGACGGAGAACUGGAGGAGAGCCACGUCACAGUGGAGCAUCGACAGCCUGGCGGAGGAGCACGGUGACGUGGCGCUGAAGGUGUCGGUGGCGAACGGGCACACGGUGCGCAUGAAGCUGAGCGACUACCGUGAAUACGUGGCGGCCCAGCACGACGAGGAGCCGCUCUACAUCUUUGAUCCAAAGUUCGGAGAGCAAGCACCAGCGCUAGUCACAGACUACUCGGUGCCGCCGCACUUCACGGAGGACGUGUUUGAAGCCAUGCCCGCGCUCAACCGCCCCAUGUACCGCUGGCUCGUCGCGGGCCCCCAGCGCUCGGGCGCGGGGUGGCAUGUGGACCCCGCGCUCACCAGUGCCUGGAACACUCUGCUCGCGGGGAGAAAGCGAUGGGCGCUCUACCCGCCCGGGAAGGUGCCGCCAGGUGUCACGUUAAGAGUGGAUGAUGACUCGGGCGAUGUGGAUUACGAUGGGCCCACGUCGCUCAAGUGGUGGCUGGAGGUGUAUCCUCUCCUGCGCCCGGAGGACAAACCAAUGGAAGUCAUGCAGCGACCAGGCGAGACCAUCUACGUGCCGUCAGGGUGGUGGCACAGCGUGCUCAACCUCGACCUCACCGUCGCUGUCACGCAGAACUUCGCCUCUUCGGCCAACUUUGACUGCGUGUGCCUUGACAUGGUACCCGGGCGGCACAGGGGCGUGGCGCGCGCUGGGCGACUGGCGAUCGAGGCCGGGGAGAAGUGGGACGAGCGACUCAAGGCCAUUUAUGGGGAGGGCGAGGAGGAGGAGGAUGAGGAUGAGUGGGAGGAGGUGGAGGACGGCGAGGAGGUGGAAGGGAGUGAGGAGGGGGAAGAGGAGGGGGAAGAGGAGGGGGAAGAGGAGGGGGGGGAAGGGGAGAGCGAGGGGGAGGAGGGGGAGGGGGGCACGUGGAAUGGCAUGCAGGGGCGGCUGUCAGCGUUGGCAGCGCAGCAGUUUCUGAGCGAGGGGGGCAACGAGGGGUGGUCCAUGCCUGAGAUCCGUAUCCUGCUGCGCUCGCUCUGGCCCGCCCAGCCCCAACUUCAGGAGCGCAUUUGGAAGAACGCGUGUCUGUGCAUGGAUGCUGCCACGUGGCACAGGCGUGUGGUCACAGUGUGCCAGGCACACAACCUGCCCGCCCCCAACGGCCUGGACGCCCUCCCCCUCGGCUCCGGAUCCAAUGCUGUAUACAUGGUGGGGCAGCACGUGGUGAAGCUGUAUCUGCCCAUGGGCUCUCACGAUGAGUCCGCCGCCACCUUCCUCGCCAAGGAGUUGGCCUUCUACCGCGAGCUCCACGCGUCCCAGUCGCCCCUGCUGCCCUGCAUUCCGCCCCUCGUGGCCUCGGGCCUGCUCUUCUCAUCCGGGGUUGUGGACAAGAGCGAGGAGGAGAAUGGUGCGAAGGGGCGGGAAGGAAAGGACGGGGCGGGGGGAAAGAAGGACGUGCAGGCGAAUGGGGUGGGGAGCAACGGGCGGAGUGCAGAGGGCGAGGGCGGAGAGGCAGGGGCGGAAGGGGCGGAAGGGGCGGAAGGGGAGAAGCAGCAGGAGGGGUACCCGUUUGAGGUGAGCAUAGCACCGCAAGAGGAGCAGCUGGUAGCAGCACAGUGGGACGGGCUGACCGAGCACCGGCCUGUGAACCCCUUCGAGGAGGCACAGGGGGCUGUGGCGCGAGGGCGGGCGGGGAAGAAGGGGAAGAGCGGCAAGGGGAAGGAGGAGGGGAGGGAUAGGCGGACCCCGGCGUAUCGACGGCGCGCCAAGAAGAAGGCUGAGGAGAGGCGCAGGCGCAGGGAGCUGGCUAAAGGGAAGAAGGGGAAGGACGGUGGGGUGGGAGUGGGGGUGGGAGAGAAGGGGGAAACAGAGCAAGGGGAAGGGGAGGAAUACGAUGAGGAGGAGGAGGAGGAAGAGGAGGAGGAGGAGGAGGGAGUGUGGCCGUACAUCAUCACGGGGCGGUGCCCUGGGUGGCAACUGGAUGCUGUUGCGGACCUAGCAACACCAGCGGACAGGCAGGCUCUGGCGGACUUCUUUGCGGCGUGCCUCUCCCACCUGCACUCGCUGCCGCUGCCCGCCUCCCCGCUCUCCCCGCCGCCCCGCAAGGCCAAGAGCAAGAGCAAGGAGGAGAAGGCAGGGGCGCAGGGCGCAGCAGGGGAGGCGGUUCAAGCGAAUGGGACUGCAAAGGAGGGGGUGGGGAACGGGGCGGUGGAGAGUGGUGGGAAGGAGGAGGAGCAGGAGGAGGAGGUGGUGGUGAGUGAGGAGUGGAGGCCGUUUGCAGAGAUGAUGCGCGAGCACAGCAAGUACAUCAAGGAGCGACUCGAAGACAUGGGCAGCCUCCCCCCACACCUGGUGAAGCAGGCAGUGGCCUAUCUGCCCAAGGACCCCGCAUUGCUCUUCCAAGGCCUUGAGCGCCCGUCAUGGCUACACACGGACAUCAUGAGUGACAACGUGCUGCUGGCUGCCGCCUCGCCCGCUGCCACGCCCGUCAUCGAGGAGUUUGUUGCGCGCGGCAAGGACGGCGCGGAGAAGAGCAACGGCGAGAAGCCAGGCGCAGGCGAGGGGGGUGGAGAGAAGGAGGUGGCAGCUGAGGGGGAGCGGGUGCUGCAGCCGUCUUCCAUCAUCGACUUUGGCACCCUCAUUCUCGGUGACCCGCUGUACGACCUGGUGAUGCUGCAUGUGAGUGCACAGCGCUGCAACAAGGCCGACCUCGCCAGGCUGUUCUCCACCUACAAGCCGCCACGGCCAGUGCAGGGAGCCGGAGCAAACUUCUCCCUGUCCUAUCGUGCUAUGUGUUACACUCUGCUGAACCAGAACGAUGCGCUCAGUCGUGUGUUCCGCUAUCGCAAGGAGCUUUCUGACGUGAAGACCUUGGAGGAAAUCGCCACUGCAGUGUGGGGCCAGCUGGAUGAGUUGGUUUAA